CGUAUCCGGAGCGUGUGUGCGUCUGAAUGACAAUUGCGAUCAACUGUUUUCUCAUCUCCUUCAAUCUUCUCUUCUUUUCUCACCUCGCCUCGCUUCCAUCCACUAUGUUGACAGCCAACUUUUGCGUCCUCGCUUUCACAUGAAGACUAUCGGAUGCGGCUUCAGUCCAGCUUGAUUCGGCCCUCGUCUCCCCACACCCACAUCUCAACCGCGUGCUCUCUAUCGCGCUUAUCCACGCCCGUCAUAAGCUCCAACGGCUAACCUCUCAUGCUUGUCGCAUUGGGCCGCUGAUUGGCCACGUUCAACCUCACCUCUCCUGCAACUACUGUGAGCUCGCCUGCUCAACCCUCUCGUGUCACUACUAGUACUCCCUCGUCCCUCCCGUCCCUCCGAAACCUCGAAAGUCCCGCAUGAACGUUUCCUUUCUUCGCUGAGCUCUCGCUGAGCUGCGUGUGCGCUGCAGACCAUCGGGUCUCCCACACAAUGACCAAGGAAAGCAAGCGGCGAAGCAUCUUUGGGCUUUCCGGCCUACAAAGCUUCAAAGAUGACCAGGAACCAUCCAAUCUGCUACGAAAGCGGAGGACUGCCUCGAUAAUGACAAGCUUGUCUGCAGUGUCGACCCAGUAUGGCGACGACGAGGCAGUCGACGGCGCCUCCGCGACCACACCCUCGCCUUCCGCAAGGCCCUCGAUCGUGCGCAGCGCAGGCAAUCGCACAAGCGCUGUAUUCAAUUCCCUCAGAGGCAGUCCCCUGCUAGAUGGCGAGGAAUUCGUACCUACACUCGCAAAUCGUUCCCGUACUCUUUCGAACAACUGGGCUAUACCGGACGACCCUUCGCGGAGCCGCCAAGUUCUCCAGCAUGGUGAGGUACAGACAAGUAGCUCCAUGUUUCGAAAGAAGAAGGAAUACCUAGUUCUUACUGAGACCCAUCUGAUGAGAUUUAAAAACCAACCCAAGGCUACCGAGGCUUUCCCACUAAUCGUCCCCUCUUUCUCGCGAGCAUCGUCUUCAUAUCGACAUAGUCAAAGUCCCUCUGCCGGUUCCUACGAGUUCCCCUCUGCUGCAUCGGAUACAUCUGGUGAUCGUGAUCUUGGGACCCCAUUGCGCCAGAUCGUUGCUGUCCACCAGCUCGACGAUGGUCGGCCACACUUUGCCUUCGAGAUUGCAUACCUUGACGACGAGACGAACCACGCCUCGUCCAUGACUUUGCAAUUUGGAGACGCAGAUGACAUGCAUAGAUGGCUUGCCAAGAUUCGAGACGCAGCUAAUCGCGUAAGGCUGGCUGACUCGAACCCCCUGUCUGCAUACAAUUCGCAUCUGGCUGCACGAGUAGUUGAGGCAGAACGUGAUUAUGUACCCCCGCAUUAUUCCAUAUACAAGGUUGUUUCACGUCCUUUGGCGAAGCCAGGAACAAGGGCGUCAUCCGACGAUCUAACCAAGGCGCUCUCUGUCGUAUGUUUUCUUGCUAUUGGCGUGCAUAAAGUUCACAUUAUCCCACUGUUCAAACCUCCUUCGCAACGAUCGUCGAGUCCAUCUCUCUCCACGCAAAACACUCAGUCCUCGUAUGGUGUGCUGAACAUUACCGAGCUUCGUGUGAGCGAGGUAGACGACAACUUCGAGCUAACUUUCAGACUACCUUUUCAGAAGCCCAAGGUCUUAUAUCUUGCCUCUCUAGCCUCCCAUGACAUCGCAGUCAGACUGCGCUAUGUUGAGGAGAAUUUACGCCCCGAAUGGGAGUCCAGACCGUACCAAUUCAUUGUUCCUGAUGCCGUCAAACAUGAUAUUCUUCGACAGAGCAGUCCCCGGCCGAUUGACCAGGAUUCCCUUGAUCGUCUUCUCACUGGGUAUUGCAUUUCGUACAAUGUAAAGCCUGAAAACAUUCGGUACCAGAUCACUUAUCCCCAGGAGGAUUAUCCACGUUUCGAGCUAUUGCGACCGAUCGCUAUAAGGAGAGAUCACUACACUGCAUUGGAGCUACUCGCAGUGAUGAGGUCAUUGCGAUACAAUGAAGGAUUCGGGUCAAUAUCCUUCAAGGAUGUCCCUCUGGAUGCUCUCAAUGGUGUGUUUGACGAGUAUGGAGCGGAACACGUAUGUGCCAAAACGAAGCGUGGGACUCCUGUUCGCUUGGAUGCCGGGGAGUUGAAUCGGUCAUGUCUAUUGGUUCAGGAGAUUCGCGCUCUAGCAAUAACGAGUCGAAGAUUGCGGAGGCUUGACUUCUCAGCAUGCAUUACCAGGAAACCUAAAGAUCACAUGAGUUCUUCGUCCAGAGGCCGUGAUAUGGGUUGCGGCAUUGUAGAGGCCCUAUUCCCGCUGUGCAAGUACCAGACUACCAAUGUGGACUGGAUAGCCUUGAACAACAUUACAUUGGGCGAUACGGAUCUGGACUAUUUGGUUGCUGCGGCAGUCGAGAGGUCUUGUCACCUACGUGGCCUAGAGCUGAGUGGGUGCGGCUUGACAGAUCGCACGUUGUCUCUCAUUUUAGACUCUCUUCGGUCACAAGAGAAUACAUUCGAAGCCAUAGAUCUGUCUGCAAAUCCCGUGCGCUUGUCGCCAGCUCUUUUCGACUCGCAGAUCGGUGUUUUUGGUUACCUCACCAAGCUCAACUUGUCAAAUCUUGCUCGCAGCUCAGGAACAGAGCCACUUAUCUCAGUCGAGACCUUCCAGGCCUGGCGAUUGCAGGAGUUGAUCUUGAGUGGGACUUCAUUAAAUCCAGCCAUGGUAGAUGCGAUAGCUAGUUAUCUUGUUAAUUACAAGCAAUCGAAGGCAUUGACCGAGUUAAAGCUAGAUCAUUGCUAUCUCACUGGUCGGGAUAUUGCAUAUUUGCUGCAUUCGAUGACCGAGGUCGCCGGUCAAGCUCGAGAACUACAUUUCGACAUCAGUGAAAAUGACAUCGAGAAGAAUCUUGACGAGCUCACGAAAGCCAUAGCGAGCGGACUCACGCCUUCACGGCUAUCCGUAAGGCUGAUUGAAUUUGACGAGGAGACGGAUUUCCGGAAGAUGAUCCAAGCAUUGACCGUCAACAAUACUAUUCGGCAAUUGGACAUAUCGCGAGCUUCGUUGCCAUCCGACGCAUCUGCCCCCACGACCGAGGCUCUAGAAAAAAUGUUCGCCGAGAAUACUUCUCUGGAGUGGUUGGACAUCAGCGGUGAAGACUCUCGCUUGGAGACAACGAAACUCGGGGUGGGGAUCAACAGGGCACUGAAAGGUCUGCAGUAUAACACAACUUUACAAGUGCUGUACAUCAGAUUCCAGAAGCUUGGUUUGCAGGGUGCAAGUACGCUGGCUGAUGUUCUCAAAGUCAACACAACUCUACGAGAAUUGUAUUGCGAAAAUAAUGGCAUUGCCUUGAGUGGUUUUACCGACUUGGUCAACUCAUUACAUCGCAAUACCACCCUAUUAUACCUCCCAUCAAUGCAAGAAAGUCGACAGCUUGCAUUGAAGCAAACCGAGGAUCAAGUGAAGCAAAUGCAAAGCGAAAACUCUCCACAAGCAAAUGGCCGAUCGACAUCCGUCCGAUCUAAGAUCGCGAGCAAAGUGUCCGGAAAAACCACGCGAGAGCGUGCUCCGUCAAUGAUUUUGUCUGAUCAGGACAUCAAGGCCGCCUUGGGCUUGGUCGAUGAGAGCUGGAGUAGGCAGGACUAUCGGUUGCAACAAUAUCUCCAGCGCAACUUCAAUAUCGCAAACGGCAUCGAGGUAGCCUUGGAGGUUGACGAGGAAGAAUUCGAGCGUCCGGAUACCGCCCUCAGUAUCAGUAAAAUUGUCGAAAAGGUCACAAUCGAUACCACCCCUACCGUGGAGAAAGACCUGCAGCUUGGGCUUGAGAUAGAGACGCAGAAAAAAGAACGGGAGCGACGCGGCACGUUGACUUCGAUUGAAAAAGAGAUCCAGAUGUCGUAUGCCGAGAAUGUACGAGCAUUCAAUCGGAAUCGACUCCCAUCUUAGCGGCACACGGAAAACUUACAUAUUCAUCCUUGUUUUCGAUUUUAUUGGGGGAGAACUUGCAUGAAAACAGCAUUUGGCUUUUGUGUUUUGAAUAAGUACGUGGUCAUGUAGAUCUAUUUUGCAUAGCAGCAAGGCGUUCAGUAAAACGAGGCAACAGUAUCGCGGGGGUGGCGCUUCUA